AUGGCAGAGCCUCCUGGAAAGCUUCACUGUGGCUUCCAACUGGGGCAGGAUCUGUCGGAGCUCCUCCCUUUGGUGCUGCGUGUCCCCUGGGAGUGGGACAGCGACCACAUCUACCUGAUCAUGGAGUUCUGUGCCGGGGGGGACCUUUCCCGCUUCAUCCGGACGCGCAGGAUCCUCCCUGAGAAGGUGGCACGUGUGUUCCUGCAGCAGCUGGCCUGCGCCCUGAAGUUCCUCCACGACCACAACAUCUCCCACCUGGACCUGAAGCCUAAGAACAUCCUCCUGAGCUCCCCGGAGAACCCCCAGCUGAAGCUGGCCGACUUCGGCUUUGCCCAGUACCUGUCUCCCCGGGACGAGCCGCACCUCCAAGCACUUUUUGGGAGACCCCCCUUCGCCUCCCGCUCCUUCGCCGAGCUGGAGGAGAAGAUCCGCAGCGACCGGGCUGUGGAGCUGCCCAGCCGGCCCCCGCUCUCCCCGGAAUGCCGGGAUCUCUUAGGACAGCUCUUGGAAAGGGACCCUUUGAAGCGCAUCUCCUUCGAGCGCUUCUUCGCCCACCCUUUUGUGGAUAUGGAGCAUGUCCCUGGCCCUGAGAGCCUCUGCAAGGCGACCAACCUGGUGGUGGAGGCAGUGAAGAAGGAUCAGGAGGGAGACGCCUCUGCUGCCCUCUCCCUUUACUGCAAAGCCCUGGAGUAUUUUGUGCCAGCUCUGCACUAUGAAACCGACGCUCGCAGGAAAGAAGCCAUCCGAGCCAAGGUGGGACAGUACAUCUCCAGAGCGGAGGAGCUGAAGGCUUUGGUCACCUCCAGCAGCAAGAACCUCCUGCAGCAAGGGAACUCGGCCAGGGCACUCCUGAAAGAGAUGGCCAAGGACAAGCCUCGGCUCUGCACUGCACUGGAAAUGGCCUCUGCAGCCAUUGCUAAGGAGGAGGAAGGCAAAGAUGAUGGUGACACCCUGGAGCUGUACCAGCAGUGCCUGGGUGAGCUGCUGCUGCUCCUGGCUGCUGAGCCUGCAGGGAGGCGCCGGGAGCUGCUCCACACUGAGAUCCAGACCCUGAUGGCUCGAGCUGAGUACCUGAAAGAUCAGAUAAAGAUGAGGGAAGCACAGUCCAUGGGCAAGGAGGCACUGGCAGAGUCUGUCCGGAGUGGUGAGUCCCUGUGUCCAUCCCCCAGGAAUGUGUCCCCACCUCGUGGCCGUGUGUCCUGUGGCAGGGAAUAUCCCUACAGCUUCCAUAGCCAUGAAGAUAUUCCCUUGCACCCCUUCCUCUCCCCCUGGCACGGGGAGAGCCCAGCUGGGCUGGCUGAGGGGGAGUGA